UGUUCCAAGAAUCAUAUGGAGUGGGUUCAAACUCGAUAAACGAUUGAGGUUCUUGAAAAUAAUCUGUAUUUAAUUUUCCACAGUAAAUCAACUUAGCAUGCGAAUGCAUUGGUUGUUGCUGCGUGGGAGGGCGGCAAAUUUCUAAUCCUGAGAGUGGGUGGCGGUAUCUGACCGAACUCAGAGACUCAGAAACUGUGCUCUUCAUUCAACCAGUCUUCCUAUGUCGACGCCAACUAACGGACGCUGCGUCGCUUUUCCGGUUUCCGGAGAAUACGUCGCGGAAAUAGUAUAGUUUGCGAUAGUCGGUAGAUAGGGUCAGAAAAGUUUCCACGAUUUUUUACUGCGUUUACCGAAUAGGAUGAAAAGCGGAGACGCUAAGUUUAGUCCGAGAAUUCCUUCUCUCCACCGAUCAAAUUGAACAAUUGCAAAACGUAUACAAAGGCCUUCAUCAAUUCGUUUCGUUCGCGCGGUAAUGUGUUUCAUUGAUGACGUUACAAGGACUAGCAGUGACUUGUGAUGCGCCUGCUGACGUGGAAUUCCUUAAUCAUGUUCGACAUUGUGUUCGUGUUUUUCUUGUUCUUGAUCGGAGUGACGUGUUUGGUGUAUUAUCUUCCGAACAGAAGAACAGAUGUAGAUGAUUAUCCGCUGCAGUGUUACGUCAGCACGUCUGCGGUGGAGAUUCAAGGAUCUGCCAUUGAUCAUGUCUAGAUUAUUUAUGUAUGUCACGACUGAGAAAUAAUAGCAACAGCAGCCACGGUCCAUAUGGAGGGCCAAGUUUGGGAGAUUUCCUGACGUCACGCCCCUCAGGCCUUCAGGAAUCCGAAUCGUGGGCAAUUCUUUGUCAGGCUGUUCAAGCCCUACAAGAUCUAUUUUUGUCAGAUGGUGCCUUUGGCAGUUCUUGCAUACCAGUUGUUACUCCCCAAUCCCUUCUGUUCUCUUCGAGAGGUAGGGUCAAGCUUUGUCCUAGUACAUUAUUAUGCGAUGGAAAGCUUUCUACCCAUCUCAUGGGGUAUUUGGCCCCGGAAUAUAUCCCAAGGAAAAGAUUUACUGAUACCGAACUGGAAAAGAUGUGGAUCUACGCUUUAGGUGAAACUCUGAAAAGGGCCACGUUGACUAGCCACGUCGCUGCUUCUCGCUUAAGUGCUGAGUUAUGUCAAACCUUUACGGAUAUGACUCAUCCCCAGGCCAGUUCGAGGGCGUCUUUGAUGCAUUUAUUAGACGUAAUAUCGAGUUACUGCAAGACGAAACAGCAACAUCGACCUUUUUCACACAUAGUGAUGGAUUUACAUCAAGAAACUAUGUCUGCCUUAGAAGUUGCCAUGGAUGCUGCUUGGGGUCCACCUGCUAUGCCAGAACUGCAACCUAGGACAAUAAAUUGGACAGACACCAAUUCCGAAAACUUCGGAACUAUUCCGCGAAGAUGGAUGGGUUUGAGCCGAAACCAUGACUCCUGUCUUCCCAAAAUAACCAAGGAGGCCAGUACCAGCAUGGAAGAUUUGUCAUUCACCAGGCAAUUGUUUCACGUACCUGGUACUGUCGUUAGACCUAAAUCUAUGUACGUAGCCGACAGUGAUAGACCAAAUAGUGAGAUAAAUGUUAUUAGUGAUAAUAUAUUUUUUAAUAAACAUUUAAGUGAACAAAAGUUUGAAAGUGAGACUGUUUCAAAAGGAUUAGCUAGUGGGACCACCAACAAUAAAGGCAUCAACACCAGAAGACUGAAAGUACGGAGGAAUCCGGUUCAAAGAGCGGCCUCUCGUCUGUACAGGGUAAACAGUAAAAAGCAUAUCGGUGACACGCCCAGGGAAUGUGUAGGUCCCGAGUUUGUGGUGAGAGCUUCGUUGCUAAGCAAGCAGUUGACAAUGCCCGAUGUUAAAACCAGUUCGGGAAGAACUUUAACUAUAAUUAUGUUAAACGGCCAAAAGCUGGAUGUUCUGUGCCAUCCGAGUUCGACCACAGCAGGACAACUAUUUGAGUUGAUCAUCCAGAAGGAACACAUCGAAGAAAAUUUUAUGUUCGGGUUAUCUGCUUUGAUUUCUGGAGAUUUCGUAUUUUUACCAUCCGACACACGUAUCUCCAAAAUAUUUCAAGAAGAAUUACAACAGGGCACUCCCAUUACAUUAUUUAUGCGGGUGCGGUUCUUCCUGCCGACCCUUCGAGGAUUUCGCGGCAACGAAUCCCGGCAUCUGUUGUAUUUGCAACUAAGGAGGUCGAUUAUAGAACACCAAUUGCCUUGUUCGUUUAAGCAAAUUGUUGAACUUAAUGGAUUGGCGUUGCAGGCGGAAUUCGGCAACUAUAAUACUCGGGAACAUGGUCAAAGAGAUUAUUUUCUAUUGGAACAUUACAUUCCGGAAUCUAUGUCUUCCGCUAUUGAAAAUACCGAAAAACUGAGACAGGAACUGAUCCAAGCUCAUGUUUUAAAGCACGGGAUGGACGGUGACAAGGCAGAAGAGAGCUUUAUAUCGCUAGCUCAGUCGCUCCCACAUUAUGGAGGACAUUUUUACACUGCAACAUGGAUUAUGAAAGACGGCAACCAUAAAGACAUUUGGCUGUACAUAAGUGCCCAAGGAAUGAAUAUGUAUGAAAGGGGUAAGAACACAAGCCACUACGGCCCACACUUAUAUGAGAAAUUUGAGUGGAGGAACAUUCAAACGCUGUGCUACAGCAAACAGUAUCUUUGUAUCUUACCUCACAGCAACUAUGAGUCCGUCUCAAAGCUAAAGAAGUAUAAGCUGAAGAUGGAUCAAAAGAAAAGCUACUUUACGUUUCGCCUGGCGUCUCUCCAUCAUCAAUUUUUUCUUCGAUUCCGAACGGACUACAUAUCACCCCAUACAUUAUCUCAGCAAUUCGGCGUACCUCUUAAAGACAUGAAAAACGAGGCGAAUUCAAUGUAUAAAUUAGACUCUAUAAUGAACUCAAACUUAAAUCAGAACAAGAAUGGUACUGUUAACGCUGAUACUGAGUUUAAAAUUGAGUUCAUUCAGUCAUCACCGAGGUUGAGACGAUAUGUACCAGACGAAAAUAGAUUAAAAAAGGCGAAGAGUAUUGGAGACUUUAACGAAACCAUCAACGAAAAUGAUCAAAAUAAAGAAAACGAGAACAAUGGUUUCGGUUUAGUUCUUGAAAGCAAACACCUGUCUGGAUUAACUGUCAGUUCAACUGACAAGAGGAGAGGAGUUAAAAUGGGGACGCGAGCGUUUGUAAACAACUCUAAAUCUGGUUUAUCGCGAUCGAUGGAAGCUGUGAAUGCCAUUAGUAACGAGUACUUAGAAGAGAUGUCGCUGCAGUCGGUGUCAUUGCAUUGCAGCUCUACUUCAGCUUCAAGGCCUACUACUGGAAAAUGUACUCCUAAUGAAAUUUUUGUUUUAGAUUCUACACUGAAACAGACUAGUCAGCUAUUUUUGCCCAAUUUCCAAGAGACUAUCAGUGAAUCUCUACAAGAGAAACUUAACAACUUUUCCUUCGUUGAAGAAAGGAUGUUGUUCAACGUUUCUUUACAGAGAGAAAACGGUAGCUUCGGUCUUCAAAUCACUGAAGGGUCAGACGGAAACGUUUACAUACAGUCGGUGAUAGAAGGAGGCCCAGCGCAUCUUAAAGCCAACGUGCAACGGGGUGACCAGAUCAUUGCUGUCAAUAAAAAGUCGUUGUUGGGUCUAAAGUACAACGAAGCUCUAGAUAUUUUGAAAAGUGCCGGACAGGAAAUACAGUUUGUGCUUGCUAGAAAUUCACAAAAUUUGACAAAGACUAAGUCAGUUUCAAGCAUUUUGUCAAAGAAUGAAUUACAAUUAGGUCAUAGUUAUCUCUGUGAUAGCCCAGUGGAGAAACAUGUUACAGAGAGCUGUAGGGAUAUAUCAAACGUAAGCAAGUAUGGAAGGCUAUCAAGUCAAACUGAAGUACCGUAUCAUAAGCAUAUUCGUUAUAAGAUUGAACCCGAAACCGAUAGUUUUAUGUCCAACAAGGAUUUUCCAACAAGGCCAAGUCUAAGUCGAUCUUUGUCAAAAUCUUGUACCAAUCUAUAUUCCUCCGACAACGAUAAAGCUAUAGUCGUCGAGAUGAUUCCCAAAGAACAUAUUGAUCUGUCCAAUAUCAAUUCUUUGGAUAGGAAAACCUUGAGGGAAGAUAUGACUAAAGUACCAAUAGCCAUGCCGCGAAGUUUGGGCGUUAGUAGACGAUGGAGAGGACCCGUUAAGUACCCGGUUACGCCAAUAAAAAAACUGUCACAGUUAAACGACAGUACGUACUUGUCAACUUCGGAUGAAGAGCAAGUUUUCAUAUAACACCACUGAUAAUAACUAGGAUUAUUAUGGAACUAAAAUUAUUUUUAACAUGGUUAGGUAAUGACUGUUAUAGGAUGUUCUACGUCAUAAGUUGUUGGUAGUUGAGAAACUUUUAUAUAUAGUUUAAUAAGUGUGCAAUAUUUAUUCGAGCAACUUGCUUUUUGCUACGUAGCUGUUAGCAACACUUCAUAUUUACAGUUAUUUCUAGGUGCAAUAUAGUUUAAUAAAAAUAG